UUUUAUUAAAUUUUUUCUUGACAAACAGUUUUAGUAUUUACUAAUGAAUAUAAAUUCAUAUUUUAUCCAAAUUAAUAACCUAUGUCUGACCUAUAUCUAAAAUGUUAAAUUUCAGGAUUUAUUAAGACAUUCUAAAUACUCUACAACAAAUAAGUAUACAAUGUAGGGUAACGGGACAAGUUGUUGGCAUAUUGAACAGUUUUUAGCAAUUGUUUUUGAUGCUCAUCAUAGACACUAUACCUAUUAUAUACUACAUACUUAACAUACAAUUUAAUACAGUGUUCGGUAGCUUUUCGUAUUGAUGUUAAAUUAUAAAAUGUCGUGGGUCUGAACAUUAAAUUUUCAACAGAAAAUGGUUUUAACUACAUCAUUAAGCAUUUUAAGCAAAUCGUUUAAAGUUCGCAACGAUAAACCAAAAAUCGAUCACCAUAUAUUUCAAUGUCACUAUAAAUUAACAACUAAUAUAUUGUUCACAUUUUGUAUUUUAGUUACAGCUAACAGCUUAAUAGGUGAUCCGAUUGAAUGUUUAUCAAAUUUUUCUAAGAAACCCGAAAUUCAAAAAGUAGUUACUAAAUACUGUUGGCUUUUAAACACUUUUACUAUUAAUAAUCAUACAAAAUCACAACCUAUGCGAGGUCUUGGACACGUUAAUGGAGAUGUACGACAACAUUCUUAUUACCAAUGGGUGCCAGUAAUGUUGUUCUUCCAAGCGAUUACAUUCUAUAUACCUCAUUGGAUAUGGAAAAUACUAGAAGAUGGAAAAAUUCGUAUGAUAACCGAAGGAAUCCGCGGAAGGCACAUUGAUGGUUUUGAUAACAGAAAAAUUAAAUUAAAUAGAUUGAUACAAUACUGUCUACAAACGUUACAUACGCAUAAUGUUUACGCAUGUGGGUACUUUUUGUGUGAAUUAUUAAAUACAGUUAAUAUUUUAGGAAAUAUUUAUAUAACUAACAAAUUCUUAGGAAGUACGUUCCUAUUGUAUGGCUAUGAAGUAACCAUGUUUUAUAUUAAUCAUAAAACAAAAUCUUUUGGAUAUAGUAAUCCUAUGGAAGUUGUAUUUCCUAAAAUAACAAAAUGUAUUUUUUACAAGUAUGGACCAUCUGGCAGUAUUCAAGACAUAGAUGUAAUGUGUAUUUUGUCUCAAAAUAAUAUUAAUGAAAAAAUUUACUUUUUUCUAUGGUUUUGGUUCAUAAUAGUAGGCAUUCUAUCAAUUUAUGCUGUGUUGUAUAGACUGGUUUACAUAACACAAUCGUUUAUAUGGAAAAAUAAAAUAGUGAAAAUAGCAACGACUUCAAAUAAUAAAGAUUCACAAAAAAUGUUCAUAAAAAAUCUACAAGUUGGUGAUGUACUAUUUUUAAAUCUAAUUGAAAAAAAUAUCCACUUCAUGAAUUUUAAAGUACUUGUGGAAGAGUUGUGGCAACAAAUAAAAUUAACUCAUUCCAGAAAAAAAUCAGAUUUAUAAGAGACAAAAUAAUUUGAAAUGAAAAAUGAAAACAAUAUGUAUAUUCCAUAAAACAAACUGUAAAUCACAUUUUAUCUAUUAAUAUAAGAUUAAAAUAGAAAGUAGAAGUUUUAUGUUUGUAAAUUUAGUGGGAAAUAUAAUUUUAAACUUUUUUCGUUUUUAACAAUGAACGAUUAAGAAAAACCUAGUGUCCUAAGUAAACAGGAAUUCUAUUAUGUUAAGUCUAUAUUUUAGUAUAAAUAUGGUAGUGGAAUAGUUAAAAUAUUGGUAGAACUAAUAUUAAAUUUUCACAUAAAUAAAAUGACAUUGACCUUA